UCGUGAUCUGCGCUUUCUGCUGGGAGAUCGGCUUGCAUCCGUUGAAAUAAUAAUACCAACAAUUGUAUCUACAACGCUGCUUUCCACAUCAGAAGCAGCGGCGACAUCAACACUGGCGAUAUCAACGACAACAUCAUGCGAUCAACUGGAGGAGCGGCGGAGAGGUGGCGAGAGGGAUGCGAUGGCGACAACGACGACAAGGACGACGGCUUGAAGGGAAGCUCCGAGGACAACAACGACAAUAACAACAACAGCGACAAUGACAACAACAACAACAGUGACAACGACAACAAUGAUAACAACAGCAACAACAACAACAACAACGACGAUGGUAACAACAACGACGAUAGAGACGACAACAACAACAACGACAACAUGAACAACAACAACAACAACAACAACAACAAGAAGCAGUCCCAGAAUACCAAACACAUUGUUCAUGGUCUCAAAGGGAUUGACAACAACAAAGAUGCUGUUGGGAGCGGUGGAGAUGCUGAUAAUAACAGCACAAAUAAUAUUGAUGAUAACGAUAACGACGGCUAUGGCUGGGAUGAUAUGGAUGAUAUGAUGACUAAUCGGGGUUGUAGUGGAAUGAUCGGUGUUGUUAGUUGGCAGCGGAGGGGCGUGGGUUAGUUGGUGGUGAAUGGUCUUGCCCGGCCUGCAAUUCCAAUCAGGAUGGGAGGUGGUUAGUUUAGGUUUUCCUGACAUCGCAGUUGUGUGUCUAAGGAUAACGUACGGACUGGAAGAGCAGUUAAUCCCCUCUUAGGAGGGCAAUCAAUGUUGCUUUUCACU